AUGGAAAACUCCUCCAAGGACAAAAAAACGGCCACGGGACCGAAAAAGAAGAGAGAACCCGGCAAGCGCUGCACGGUUAUGUUUUGUAACAACACCAACAAAGACGGAGUAGGUCUCCACCAGUUUCCCACCGAUGAACCCUUUCGGCGCCAGUGGAUCGCUUUUGUCUUAGCAAAGAGGACCGACGACUGGACGCCGGGAUCUGGUAAUAUUUGCAGUUCCCAUUUUACGCCAGACUGUUUUGAAGGAAUGGGUGCGAAACUCGCAGGGUUUGCUAAGAAGGCUUAUCUGAAGAAGACGGCCAUCCCAACAAUUCAGGCCAAUCCCACCCCUGAACAAAUCCAGGAAGCGCGCUCUCUUAAGAGAAAACGUCCAUCUGCGGCAACGCGAGGUGAUUCAAAGCGGCAAGUUCAACAAAAGGGGGAAAUAACGCCAAAAAGUCGUCCAAAAAAGUCUAGUCGAGCCUUGUCUAAACUUACCGCUCAUAGGGUGAGUAUUAAUUUUUGUUUUUUUGUUUAGAUACCUUGGCAUGAAUAAAAACUUUCUAAAAUAUCAUCAAGAUAAACGAUCAUGAUCAAAACGCAACAGUGUGCCUUCAAGAUACAAUAAUACAAUUUACUGAAAUCAGGCAAAAGAUUAUGGAGCACAUGCACCAACAGAAAACUGAAAAAAAAAAAAUCUUUGUUUAUGAUAGCUAGUGGCAGAUUAUAGGAAGACGCGAGAAAAAGAAAAGACCACUGAGAAAGUACCGGGACCAUCCCCAAGUGACAACAGACAACCACCAAUUAACAAUCAAGCUGAAGUUCCCGAAACAACGGAUCUGGCACAGCCCUCAACGAGUGCAUCUGGUGACACUUCGUGUUUAGAGACUGGUGCAGGGCAAGAAGAAGGAAGUCAGGCUCGGGAGUUUCAAACGGCUAACAAGGGAACUCAGAAAGGACUCCGCCGCCCAAUCUGUCGCAGCAAAGGUAGACUUUAAUCUUAAUUAUAUCUUGAAAAAUAAGUGUGUUGACAAAGGGUUUAGCCAUCUUUUCAAACAUUCUUUGCGAUGCGACUAUCUUUGGUGAUUAAGGUUUUUAAUCAUAGGUACCCAGAUUUCUCCAAAGUCCAACACAACGGUGGAAAAUGGGUCACAGUGCAACAUAGCAGAACUUCCUCCGUUAAAACUGCUCUCAACUUUACGUAAGGAGGCAGAAAAUCAAACAGAGUAUACACUUACGCCGGAGCUACCCGCGUCGUUUGAAGACGAGUUGUUUGAAGACGUUGACGUUGAUGAUGAAGAGUACAAUCCCUACUUAACAUCCGACGAAGAUCAAGACGAAGGUGGUAGUGAAGAUGAAAAAGAAUCUGGAAAGUCAAAACGGUAAAAAAAAGUAAAGAUGAACUAUUUACACAAGCCGUUGAUGAGUUUCAUAAGCUGCAGUAACGCCGGCUUGAUUUAAACUCCGCACCACUCUAUAUCCCUCCUUUUUAACAUAUCCGCCCAAAGAAACAACUAUAACCCCUAUUUCUAUACUCUCCGUUUAAUAUACUGAAUGUUUCAUUCUUGUUGUUGCUAAUAUCAUGCAGAUCUAUUGGAGAAACGCAAAAGUUGAAGCCACAUGAGGAAAGGAAAUUUAUUGUCUUCGAAACAAAUCUGUUGAGCUUGUUUGCUUGUUGCCCCAUCUGUGCUGGCCACGCAGAGGCUAAAAUUUCGAAAGAAAUCGGGACUAUGAUUCAGGUCCACUAUCACUGUACGGAAGAAAAUUGUCAGUUCAGCAAUGUGUGGUGCAGCCAGCCGUUUUCUAAUGGAAAGAUGCCAGUUGGGAACUUGUUGCUUUCUUCUUCAAUUCUUUUAACGGGUAAGUCUCCCUAUUGUUAUCUUUUUUUUUAGUUGCGUUCUAGGCGUGGUCCGUUGAAGACCUAAAGACAGGAGAUGCGGCUACUAAAUGGUCUUGAACAAAAUGAACAGAGUAUGACAAAUCUGUAACUAGUUCCUGCAGUAGAAAGUUCAAUAGGGUGAAGGUCGUUGUAUUUUUUUUCCUUUCGUCACAGGAAAUUCUGCCGCUAAAACCUUACGGAUGUUUAAUAUUAUGAACGUGGCGUGCAUAUCAGAGAGGACAUACUACCGUCACAUCAAAUCGUACGUAAAUCCCACUAUUAUACAGCAGUGGAAAGCACAUCAACAGCAGCUCUUCAAUAGUCUUAGCAGUCAGGACAACGGACUGGUUCUGGCUGGCGAUGGAAGGUGCGAUUCCCUGGUUACUCCGCGAAAUUCGGUUCCUACACGUUACUCGAACAGCAAAAGAACAGGGUGUUGGACUUCCAACUAGUUCAGGUCAGUGAUUCUAGUAUCUAAUUCCAAUGUCUCCCCAUUUUUUUUAAAAAAUAACUAUGUGAUUUCCGGUGUUGAGGCAAAAUAAAAAUAUAUCGAAACGUUUGAUCCUUAUUAGAGCAACGAGGUGCGGAACAGUUCUUGGAUGGAACAUGAGGGUUUAAAACGGGCCAUUCAAGUCGUUUCUAAUGCCAGACUGCAUAUAGCGGAGAUCAUCACCGACAGACACAAGCAGAAUACCGCUUGGAUUCGAACGAAUUUGCCUGACUCUCGACACUAUUUUGACAUAUGGCAUGUGUCUAAAGGUAAUGAGGGCUAAAAAGUCAACCCCAAUAGUUUACUCGAGGUAACAAUCGCAUCCACACAAGGACUAAAAUAGUUUGUAAUACAUUCUAUCCAGUUAAGCUCCAGUUGUCGCGUAUGGAAUAAUUCGAUUCUGACAUAUAUGACCCUCAUUCUGAACAGGUUUAUGCAAAAAGAUUGACAAAUUAGCGAAAAAAAAAGAGUGUGAAGAUGUCGGUGAGUGGCGACAGUCUGUAUCAAAUCAUAUGUAUUGGUGUGCUGCCACGACACCAGAUGGUAAUGGGCGUAUGAUGCAGGAAAAAUGGAAAAUGUUACCCCUGCACAUCCAGAACAUUCACGUCAAUCAGAGCAGCGAACUCUACAAAGAAUGUGGACAUGGUGAACUAGAGGGAGAAGCAAGGGAUAGACUUUGGCUUCAACCAGGUUUGUAGACAAAAAAAAAAUGGCAUCCAGUAACUCCUCUAUUGCCAUCUCAAGUUAUAGAAUAGAAGGCUACAUUUUCUGUCAGAAUCAAGGAAAACCUUUUAAUUAGAAUAAGGCCAGUGUCAUUAACACUGCUUAUAGGACAGAAAAGGUGUCCACUAAUUCACUAAUCAGGAAAUUAAAAUGAACCACCCUAAAAAAAAAACGACAAAACGUUAUAACGUGACAAGAAAAAAGGCACAUAUAUACAAACAUUUACAAACAGUCACCUUUAUGUGCGGGAAUUUUGACUACAACUAGGUCCUCAAUUUCACAGGCUCAACUGCUGCUGUCAAGCUCGAGGAGCUGGUAACAAAGCCCCAACUGCUGAAGGACAUUUCUCAGCUGUCCCCUAAGUACCAGACUUCCGCCCUUGAAGCCAAACAUAGCCUUGAUCUACACUUCGUCCCAAAACAUACCGCUUUCUCGUACUGGGGGAUGUACACAAGGUUUGUGUCUCUAAUGGAUUGAUAGUUACCAUAAUAAACUUUUGAGAUUGGUCUCUUGUUUUCCUUUAAUUUUUCUUUUUCAGUAUUAUUUUCUUCUUCUAAGCUAUGGAAUCUUUCCUUUUACUUAAAGUUAGCCUAAUGGUUCUUUCCCAUCCCCUCUAAAAAUAUGAACUUUUCAGACUGUGCCUUUCUGCUCUGCACUACAAUGAAAAUGCUGACAGGAUGCAAGCUGUAACUGUAGAUGGGAGACCACGCUAUGCCAUCAGGUUUCCUAAAGCCAAACACGGGGGAUAUUCAGUGAGAGAAGUUAAAACAAAAGCAACCUAUGGUGGGUAAAUAGUUAUAACAUAGCCUGUGUAAAGUCCCCCCCCUGUCUUGGUAAAAAAUGGAGAAGGGGCCCAUUGUCAGCUUUUUACUGAGGGGAGGGGAGUCUGUACACAGGAUAAAAAUUAAAUUGCUGUUCUGUAUUUUUUGAGAUCAUUUGUUAAGGCAACCAUUAUCUGCAGCCACAUUUGCUUAUGGUAAAAAUGAUUUUAACAUAGCACAGUAACCUGUGAAUUUCAUGGCACACAGAUAGAUAUGACAUCUAAAUGAAAACAUUUCAAUAACUAAACUUGAGGUUCACUCCUACAGUAUUACGUACCUUUUUAUUUUAGGUUAUUGCUCAAGUACCAUAACCAAAGUCUUUGCCGACUAUGAAGACAACUCAAGGGCCUUAAAGACCUACAUGUUGAACCUGCAAGUGAAUACCCCACCACCACUUGCUGCAUCCAUAGAGAGACCCAACAGAGAGGAGGCAAUAAAUUCUUUCAUUAGCAGAUACAAUCGUUCCAGCCUAGUCAACUAA